GGUCGUGGUGUCUGUAUUUUUACUCCAACUCCCAACAAUAUGCGAAAGUCUUUUGGGAAAAAUUGUAGCUAACUCGAAAACGACACUGUUGUGUCACGUCAUGACGUCACGUCGCGGGUACGACCACCUAAUCCGUUUUUUUUAAAUACAGCACAGUACUGCCUUAUUUUCACACUUUACCAAAACAAGCGUCGCGACAAUCGCUUUUAUUGAAAUGCUGAUUCAACUACCAAGGAAACAAUAGCUAUAUAAAUGACACACACGCCCGCGCGCACACGUUACAUAAAACGACACAUGAGACAAAUAAAAUGACUUCACUAAACGACAUGAGAACUUGAGCACUUUUGCCAAGAUGUAAAACAACUACAAAAUAUGAAACAACUUGGCAUUUUUCUCAACGAUAGACAGAUCAACCAUUAUUAAGCGAAUUAAAAUGUUUGUCUGAAUGUAAAAAAAAAAAAAAAAGAGAAGAAGAAAUUUUAAAAAUGGGCUAACUAGCCUGUAAAUUAUCGUGUCGAAAGAGCAUUUGAGUUACAGCUCAGACAUUUCCAGAAUAAAUGUAUAACAAUUAAUUUAAACUACCCCAGCAAUUUAAGAAUGGCUUUUUACUGUUACAACUUCUGGAAAAAAAUGUCAACGUACUCAAGUGAAAAUCUAGGUACCUUGCCAAAAUAUACUCGCUAGUAGUAGAGGAUGGCAUGACCUCAAUUUCAAGUCGUAUCCAGAAAUUCGGCGUACAACUAUUUUUGAUUGACAGGCAGGUUUGUUUCCAGUGAUGUACAAUUGCACUGCUGUUUCAAUACGAAUUCAACUGAGGGUUAUUUUCAAGGAGGGCUUGCCAAAAAAUGAGAGUCGGCAUCUCCAAAACGGGUCACGGUAUAAACCUGACACACAAUAUUCACGGCUCUUCACUUGUUCUGCUAUUUUGCCAAAUGUGGGGCCUUACACAGAAAAGUGUGUCCAUCUCCAAAUCAUCUAUGAACUGAACUUACCACAAAUGGGCGCAAAUUAUUUUGGAGGGAAAAAAUGUAACCAAAUAUCAAAUCAGUCACGUUUCAGUCAAGUUGAAUUCAUGGGUAGUGUGCUGAUAACGACAAAUUGGUGUGUUGACAUUUUGACUUUCAAUCAUGAUUUGACAUGUCUUGUGUGUCCACCUGAAAUCGCAAACACUUUUUAGGUCGCUUUGAGGUCUCUCGUGUGUCUUGAGGGUGUGACGGAUGUGGCGAAUUGUUGUAAAAAGGAAGCCAAAGCGCAUGCUUCACCGCUCAUGUCGACUCCAGCCGACGCAGGAAGGAGAGCCGCCGGACCUCGCAAGAUAUGCUGGGAAAUUCCAUCGUGCAGUGUGCAAUUGCGACGACUGCGUCGCUGGCCUCGCUCAGUUUGCUGGGCCUUCUGUGUCUGAGAUGCAAGAGGAAGCCGAAAACCAUCCACGAAGAAGCUCAAAUAUACAACCCGCACACAUUCCGGCGUGAGGGAAGCAGAUUUGCUGUAACGCGAUCCAAAACGGUCAUGAAAGCCAAUCAAAUGACCCCUUCCUCAAAUGAGGGCGCAUGUCCAGCUCUAUACGCGAUAGCGGCGUCACCACCCAGGAUUUGGGAACAUAUUUAUCUUGAUCCGCUCCCCACCACAGUGUAUGAAAACGAGCAGAUGGCUUCGAGGAUCAGAGAUGCCGAUCCCACCGAGGCUCACUACGCAAACUUGGCUGACGCGGCGCCGACAGACGACGACGCCGACGACUAUGAAAAUUCGGAGUUCCUGGCGCAAAAGGCCCACCGGCCGGAGAACGGUAAGCAGAGAAUGGCUGAUGUGGCGCGGGCGUGCAUUGAUUUUCAAGUGCCCCGUUUCUUUUGGAGUAGAUUUGUUGUACGUGAACGAACAAGGCUCCCUUUUCUCUCGAGUCGAGGUUGCCACCAGGUGUCUAUCGUGAGAGGUCAUCACCCGUGCCACCGCAAAGGAUCAAAUUUCACUUUGUUGGUCUGAAAAUUAUUUAUUGACGAUACAUCAUGCAGCUUUGUUCAUCAAUUGAGUCUUUACAUUCUAUUUAAUUAAUUGUCAUGACUGUAUGGUUUGUUUUUUUUGAUAAGUUACAGUAUCCUAGCACACCAAAUAAAAAUAUG